AUGGCUGGUCCGAAAAUUUAUAGUUUUAAUUCUGCAAAUGAUUCUGGUGGUCCUGCAAAUCUGGAUAAAUCUAUUUUGAAAGUGGUGAUUAAUAACAAACUAGAACAAAGAAUUAUUGGAGUGAUCAAUGAGCAUAAAAAGCAAAAUAAUGGCAAGGGAGUGAUUUCUGGAAGACUUACUGCCAAAAAAUUACAGGACUUAUACAUGGCUCUGCAAGCAUUUUCCUUUAAGACGAAGGACAUUGAGGAUGCCAUGACCAACACCCUGUUACACGGAGGGGAUCUGCACUCGGCCCUGGACUGGCUCUGCUUAAACCUUCCCGAUGAUGCACUUCCUGAGGGAUUCAGUCAGGAAUUUGAAGAGCAGCAGCCUAAGAGUAGGCCCAAGUUCCAGGCUCCUCCAGUACCAGCUACGGUUUCACCUCCAUUGCAGCCUAAAACCAGAAAACAGGAAGAGGAGCCUAAGGUGAAGCCAAAAAAGGAAGAAAAAAAUAUGGAAGUGAAUAUGAAAGAAUGGAUUUUGCGGUAUGCUGAACAACAAAAUGAAGAAGAAAAGAGUGAAAAUUCUAAAAGUUUAGAAGAGGAGGAAAAAUUUGACCCUAAUGAAAGGUACUUACACCUGGCAGCAAAACUUCUGGAUGCGAAGGAGCAAGCAGCUGCCUGUAAACUGGAAAAAAACAAGCAAGGGCAAAAGGAAGCGCAAGAAAAAAUAAGGAAAUUCCAAAGAGAAAUGGAAACUCUAGAAGACCAUCCAGUAUUCAAUCCAGCCAUAAAGAUUUCACCUCAACAGAAUGAAAGGAAAAAGCCUCCUGUAGCCACAGAAGGGGAAAGUGCUUUGAACUUGAAUUUAUUUGAAAAGUCUACAGCUGCUACUGAAGAAGAGAAAGAGAAAAAGAAAGCAGCUCAGGAUGUGAGGAAUUUUGACUACACUGCUCGGAGCUGGACGGGAAAGUCGCCCAAACAGUUCCUCAUCGACUGGGUCCGGAAGAACCUGCCCAAGAGCCCGAACCCUGCCUUCGAGAAAGUUCCCGUCGGUCGGUACUGGAAAUGCAGGGUGCGGGUGAUCAGGUCUGAAGACGACGUGCUGGUGGUUUGCCCUACGAUCCUGACGGAGGAUGGCAUGCAAGCUCAGCACCUGGGGGCCACCUUGGCUCUUUACCGCCUGGUGAAAGGGCAGUCAGUUCACCAGUUACUUCCUCCAACCUACCGAGCGGUCUGGCUAGAAUGGAGCGAUGCAGAAAAGAAAAAGGAGGAGUUAAAUAAAAUGGAGACCAACAAGCCCCGGGACCUUUUUAUCGCCAAACUUCUGAAUAAAGUGAAGCAGCAGCUGCAGCUGCAGCAGCAGCAGGAGCAUUCCGAGGAUAAGAGAGAGAGCUCUGAAGACGCUGAGGAAUCCUGGGAAAAUUUAGUUUCUGACGAGGAUUUUUCUGCAUUGUCCUUGGAGUCAGAAAAGGCAGAAGAUUUGGAACCUGCUAGGAACCUCUUUAGGAAGUUUCAGAGCACACCGAAGUACCAGGGCCUUCUGAGGGAGAGGCAGCAGCUGCCCGUGUUCAAGCACAGGAGCGCGAUCGUGGAGACCCUGAAGAGGCACCGGGUGGUGGUGGUGGCCGGGGACACGGGGAGCGGCAAGAGCACUCAGGUGCCGCAUUUCCUUCUGGAGGACCUGCUUCUCCACGAGCCGGGGACCAGGAAGUGCAACAUUGUCUGCACCCAGCCCCGCCGCAUCUCCGCAGUGAGCUUAGCCACCAGAGUGUGUGACGAACUGGGCUGCGACAGUGGACCUGGAGGAAGGAAUUCUUUGUGUGGAUAUCAGAUCCGGAUGGAAUCUCGGGCCAGUGAGUCUACCCGGCUGCUCUACUGUACAACAGGUGUUUUGCUCAGGAAGCUUCAAGAAGAUGGUCUCCUAACCAGUGUCUCUCACGUGAUUGUAGAUGAGGUUCAUGAAAGAAGCGUCCAGUCCGACUUCUUACUGGUAAUCCUGAAGGAGAUUUUACAGAAGCGCUCUGACCUGCACUUGAUCCUCAUGAGCGCCACGGUCGACAGCGAGAAGUUCUCCACCUACUUUACUCACUGCCCCAUCCUCAGAAUCUCAGGGCGAAGCUAUCCUGUGGAGGUUUUUCAUCUUGAAGAUAUAAUAGAAGAAACAGGCUUUGUACUGGAGAAAGACUCAGAAUAUUGUCAGAAAUUUCUGGAGGAGGAGGAAGAAAUAACCAUUAAUGUUACAAGCAAAGCAGGGGAAAUAAAAAAAUAUCAGGAAUACAUCCCAGUUCAGACGGGAGCAGGUGCUGGCUUAAGUCCCUUUUACCAGAAGUACAGCAGCCGCACGCAGCACGCGCUCCUCUACAUGAACCCUCACAAGAUCAACCUGGACCUCGUCUUGGAGCUUCUUGCGUAUUUAGACGGAAGUCCCCAGUUCAGGAAUGUGGAAGGAGCAGUGCUCAUCUUCUUGCCCGGCCUCGCCCACAUUCAGCAGCUGUACGACCUGCUGUCGGCUGACAGGAGGUUUUCUUCUGGACGAUAUAAAGUGAUAGCUCUGCACUCCAUCCUUUCCACCCACGACCAGGCCUCGGCGUUCACACUCCCUCCUCCGGGAGUCAGGAAGAUUGUUUUAGCAACAAAUAUUGCAGAGACAGGCAUCACAAUUCCAGAUGUGGUGUUUGUCAUCGACACUGGAAGAACAAAAGAAAAUAAGUACCACGAGAGCAGCCAGAUGAGCUCUUUGGUGGAGACCUUUGUCAGUAAGGCGAGCGCUCUGCAGCGCCAGGGCAGAGCCGGGCGGGUGCGCGACGGGUUCUGCUUCCGGAUGUACACGCGAGAGAGGUUUGAAGGCUUUAUGGAGUAUUCCGUCCCUGAAAUCUUACGUGUGCCUUUGGAGGAAUUAUGUCUUCAUAUUAUGAAGUGCAAUCUGGGUUCUCCUGAAGAUUUCCUCUCCAAAGCCUUAGACCCUCCUCAGCUCCAAGUCAUCAGCAACGCAAUGAACUUGCUCCGAAAAAUUGGGGCUUGUGAACUGACGGAGCCGAAACUGACUCCCUUGGGCCAGCACCUCGCAGCUCUGCCCGUGAACGUCAAGAUUGGCAAGAUGCUCAUCUUCGGAGCCAUAUUCGGCUGCCUGGACCCAGUGGCCACGCUCGCCGCAGUCAUGACCGAGAAGUCUCCCUUUACCACGCCCAUCGGCAGGAAGGAUGAAGCGGACCUGGCGAAGUCCGCGUUGGCGACGGCCAAUUCCGACCACCUGACCAUCUACAAUGCGUAUCUAGGGUGGAAGAAAGCGCGGCAGGAAGGCGGCCCUCGCUCUGAAGUGGCUUAUUGCCGGAGGAACUUUCUCAACAGAACGUCCCUGCUCACCCUGGAGGACGUGAAGCAGGAGCUGAUCAGGCUGGUGAAGGCAGCAGGGUUUUCGGCGUCCACCUCUAACGGCUGGGAAGGAAGCAAGGCCACCCAGACCCUUUCCUUCCAAGAGGUCGCCCUCCUGAAGGCGGUGCUGGCCGCGGGGCUCUCGGACAGCGUGGGCAAGAUCCUCUGCACCAGGUCCGUGGACGUCACCGAGAAGCUGGCCUGCGUGGUGGAGACGGCCCAGGGCAAGGCGCAGGUGCACCCGUCCUCCGUGAACCGGGACCUGCAGACCUACGGGUGGCUCCUGUACCAGGAGAAGGUCAGGUACGCCCGCGUGUACCUGAGGGAGACCACGCUCAUCAGCCCCUUCCCGGUGCUGCUGUUCGGCGGGGACAUCGAGGUGCAGCACCGCGAGCGGCUCCUCUCCGUGGACGGCUGGAUCCGCUUCCAGGCCCCUGUAAAGAUAGCCGUCAUUUUCAAGCAGCUGAGAGUUCUCAUUGACUCUGUUCUAAGAAAAAAGCUUGAAAAUCCUAAGAUGUCCCUUGAAAAUGACAAGAUUCUACAGAUCAUUACGGAAUUGAUAAAAACAGAGAAUAAUUGAAACUGAAGUUCAUGGUUAACUGCUUUAAAUGUCAGAUGAAGACACAGCCGUGAAGUGAUGUGAACACGGACUGUCCCGGGAGGUUCUCAGGACGCAGACCUUGGUGCUCGCCACGACAGAGGUGGCGGGAAAAGCACAGCUUUCAACGCGUCAUUUUUAGCUCCUUUUCAAUGACAAUUGUUCCCAUUGUACUUGCCACCACAUUUACAAUAAAUUCUUUGGUGCCACCCAUGUUUCCCACAUCGUUUUGUGCCUUUCGGCAGGGCCGUGUGUGACUCAGUGAUGAUCCCUGGGUCCCCACCGCAUCCUCCCUCAGUCACUGCCGCCUGGAGCGUUUAGAUGCCUUUACCCAGCAGAGAAAAUGAGCUCCACACCAGCUGGAAGUAAAGCUCCACAAGGAACAACAGGAGAAGUGAGUGUUGAGGAUUUGACACUCAAAAUAAAACUGAAGAAAGGCACUGUUCAUGGACACCAGCGGGCCCAGAGCCUGUCACCAAGCUCAGAGGUGGUGGUGCUGCUGGGGGCAGAUGCUGCUGCUGGGACUGCCUCUUGCAUGCCCCCUACUGGGCAUCGGAUGACUAGGAAUCACACUGGAGACCUCGCCGUGUACAGAUGACACCCAACCAAUGAGCCACACUGCCAGGGCCCAAUGGCUUUUUACACAUCUGCAUGAGCUGUUCUGUGCUGGGUGCACUGCUUCUGGCUCUUAUCCAAACAGACCUCCUCCUGCUGUGAUGUUCCCUCCACAGGCCUCCCUCCUGACUCACGCUCACCGUUCUGAAGCGCAUCUCCCCUUUAAUGCCGCCGACAGCACAGGACUCCGUCAGCGUGAACCAUCUGCUUCCUGUCUUCCCCGCAGACCAUGUGCUGCUCGGAACACGCACUGAUGUGCCAGAGCACGGUUGCCCACAGGCACUCGGCAAGGUCUGCUGAAUGAACGCAGGAGGGGGAGGAGGAAAGCUGGAGUAAUAUCACUGACAGAUGUUGUGGACGAAGAAAGACUACUGGGUUAAUGAGCAGAUGAGCCUUUUGGGAGCAGUUUCAACAAAGGGUGUUAAGGAGGGACACUGUCAGGUCCCACAGCUACCCACACAUUCAGUGAUUCGCUGGAGGACCAGAGAAAGGAUAUUCCACAGGAUCAACAGGGAGAAGCCACGCACCUGGAAGCUGAAGGAACCCACGCAGAGGCUCCUACACAUGCAGUGCCUGCCCAGGGAAGCCCGCCUGAGGCUCAAAGACCAAAGCCGUAGCUAUGGAAAUUCCAGACUCCCAGAGGAAGGGAGGCAUUCAGCGCCCCAAGCAGGCAAAAGAGUUACCUGAAAACUAGGGGCGCCUCCAGAGCCAGUUCCAGCUCCAGCCCAGAGCCCCCCCACAAGCAGGCCUUCCAAGACCUCGCCGUGAGGCCUGCGUUAACUCCCAGUCACACUGCAUGACUUGUAGGGAACAAAUACAAACACAAAGGUAGAGUACCAGUUACAGAUGUGAUGAAGAAACAGCACAACAGGUUGAAAAUAGGUAUUUCAGGAUGGGAAGACCCUCACUCAUCUGCAGACUAAAGACUAUUUUAUGAUGUUAUGGUUUUCAAUGACAUGCUCAUUUGAUUAUUUUUUAUAGAUUUCAAGUCUCUGAUGCAAUUCUUACCUUUCUGUCCUUUUUA